GUUGAUCUCUUCACCACCCAUUUGCAACUUAUAUCACCAGUCCAGCAGCUAAGGAUAUUUUGUGCAGCUAUCGCCUACCUGUUUGCUACCCAGCACUGCUACGUGGAUCUCCGCCAUGGCCUCAGAGGAAGUUACGUGUGUCACCACAGAAGAUGCAGAGAUUCCCGCCGCUUUUUUGGAGCUGCAGCCACGCACUUUAGAGAGAGCUUCUGUGGAGGAAAGCCAAACCGUUGAAAUGUUUGCAGAUGUAGGUGUCGAUUGGGCAUGUGGUGACCACUGCCACUCUCCUCUUAGCACUCUGAAGCCAGUUUCGGGCAGCGACCUGAGUAAUGGGGACCAUGAUCAGGAAGCUAUCAUCCUGGAGAAAAGAAAGGAGGUGGUGGGCUACCAGGACUCAGACAUGCUACUAAUCCAUUCUAAUUUUGAAAACCAGAUGGUUGUUCCAGUUAUUCAAGAUGACUAUCUCCAGCUGACCGCUGCUUCUUUACCUAGCUUCAUGGAGUCAGAGAAUGAUCAAGGUGAGCUCAGCCCAUUUGAAGGGAAUCUCUGUGAUUUAGCGACCAUUAUCGACGGCAGUGCAGAAGGCACGAACCCUGACCUGGGUGAGCAACAGUGGGUGCAGAGUCAGAUUCAAAUCGAAGCUCUUGAGGGAGAAUUCCCCUUCCCAGUGUGGGAGGCUCAAGAGGAAAUAGAAGAUGCCGUGGCUGAAGUGCAGACCGUUGACUCGCCUCCCGAUUAUUCCGAGUAUAUGAUGGGAAAGAAAUUUCCUCCUGAAGGAAUACCUGGCGUCGACCUGUCUGAUCCCAAACAAUUGGCAGAAUUUACUAGCAUGAGAAAUAAGCCCAAAGGAGACUUUCCAAGACCCAUCGCUUGCUCUCAUAAAGGUUGUGGGAAGAUGUUCAGGGAUAUGGCUGCUAUGAAAAAGCACUUGCACAUCCAUGGGCCUAGAGUGCACGUUUGUGCAGAAUGUGGUAAAGCUUUUAUUGAGAGUUCAAAGCUGAAACGUCAUCAGCUGGUCCACACUGGAGAGAAGCCCUACCAAUGUGCCUUUGAAGGCUGUGGGAAACGCUUUUCCCUGGAUUUCAAUUUGCGCACACACCUGCGAAUCCAUAAUGGAGACAAGCCCUUCGUGUGCCCAUUUGAUGGUUGCAGCAAGAAGUUUGCUCAGUUGACAAACCUGAAAUCGCAUAUCGUAACACAUGUUAAGAAUAAGAAUGACCAGUAAUAAGAAGUGAGAAGAUCCUUCUGAAGCCUUGGAAGUAUUUUACAGUAAUGUGCCUGGAAAUCAAUAUACCUCACAUUUGAAGAGUUUCUAGGAAAGUUAUUGCAACUGUACAUAUUUGAGGUUUAUGUUUUGAUAGCGUAUUAUAUUGCUAAGAUGCCCUGUUUUGUGCUGCAGUGAUGUUUUUGUGAAGUUUGAUUUCAGCCAGAGAGACUAAUUCAUUAACCUCACAUUGUUGCUAAGAUGUCUUAUGUUUUGUACUGAUAUUUUUCAAGCUUGGUUUCAACUGGAGAGUAAUUCACAAACCUCAUAUUGUUGCUAAAGAUGGCCUGUGUUCUUUUAAGAUGGAGGUUUUGAGAAGUUUGGUUUCAACGGGAGACUUAAGAUUAUGAACCUCAUAUUGCUAAGAUAUCCUAUCUUCUGCAGUGGUGUUAUAAAACUUGGUUUCAGCAAGAGACUAUUUCGUGAACUAGAUACACCAAAAUGACUUGUUUUAUUCUACAGUGGUGUUUUUGUGAAACUUUUGUUCAACAGACUAAUUCAACGAACUAACCUAAAGAUAGCCUGUGUUAUUUUGCUCUGAAGUUUUUUGAGAAGCUUAAUUUCAACAGGAGUUUAAAAUCACAAACCUCAUUGUUGCUAAGUUGCACUGUGUUAUUCUGUGGGGUAGUUUUUUGUGAAGUUUGGUUUCAACAGGAGACUAAAUCACAAACUUCAUAUUUCUUAAUAUCCUGUCUCCUGCAGUGGAGUUUUUCUUAAGUUUGGUUUCAACAAGUGACAAUUUCACGAACUUCGUAUACUAAAAUGACCUGUUUUAUUCUAUAGUGAUAUUUUUAUAAGACUUACUUGCAACAAACUUCAUAUUGCUAAAGAGCCCUGUGUCACUCUGCAGUACUGUUAUUGUAAAGUCAGUUUUGACAGGAGAAUAAUUCAUGAAGCUCACAAUGGUAUGUUGCUAAUAAUGCCCUGUUU